AUGGCUGAAAAUAAAGAUCCCGAACAAACAUGGGACGAUCAAAGUGUGCCUCAAGAGGAAAAUGUCACAGAAGAACAAGACAAGAAUGAUUUAAACAACAAUGAAGAAUCAGUUGAAAACCAUAAAGAUACUACAAAUGAUGAUGUCAAAGGGUCAUCUAAGCUUGAUAUUCAAUCCUUAUACAUCAAUUCCUCUGUCAAACAACCACAAAAGGAAAGUGAUGGUCAAAAUGCAUUCAUUUCUUAUCUAAUAGAGACGGAAUCAAAUAAUCCAGUUUUCCAAAAUACCAAAUUUAUAGUGAGACGUCGAUUUUCUGAUUUUUAUUUUCUUUAUCAAGUAUUAUUGAGUGAUUUCCCUGCAUGUGCUAUACCACCAUUACCGGAUAAACAGAGAUUGGAAUAUAUUAAAGGUGAUAGAUUUGGACCAGAAUUUACAUCAAAGAGAGCUGUGUCAUUGAACAGAUUUUUGAAAAGAAUUUCAUUACAUCCUGUAUUGAAAAGAUCCAAAAUUUAUCAUAUUUUUCUAGAAAGCCACGAUUGGAAUUCAUACAAGUUGAAUUUAAAAGUUAAAACAAAUUCAGAUGUUGCUAGUACAAGUGAAGGACUAUCUGAUGUUUUCAUGAAUGCUUUCAAGACAGCUUCUGUACAAAGUAAAGAGUUUCAAGAAAUUAAAGAAAGAUCUGAUAAAUUGGAUGAAAAUAUAAGUAAGAUUGAUAGAAUAUUUAACAAAAUUUUAAAAAGACACAGUGAUUUAGAAACAGAUUAUUAUGAUUUCAGCUUGCAGAUCAAGAAAUUAGCAGAAUUGGAACCUGAAUUGGAGGUUCCGUUUUUAAGUUUUAGUGAUGGAUUAAAUUCACUAAGCCUUGGUUUUUCAAAUUUAAAAGAAUUUUUGGAUAAUGAAUAUAUUGUAUCAUUAAAAGAUUUGGAACAUUAUAUCACUUCAAUUAAAAACCUAUUGAAAUUGAAAGAUCAAAAACAAAUUGAUUAUGAAGCAUUAACAGAAUACCUUAAUAAAUCAAUAACGGAUAAAAAUAAUUUAUUAACAGGUGGUGGAACUUCAAAUUUCUUCACAAAUAAGUUUGAAGAGUUUACAGGAGUUAAUCAUGAAGUUGCAAGACGUGAGAAAUUAUCAAAAUUGGAGAAAAAAAUUGAAAAUUUGACAGGUGAAGUUGAUAAUGCUAAAAAAGUUGUUGAUUCAUUUGAAAAACAAACUGUUCAUGAGAUUCAAUACUUUGAAACUAUCAAAUCAAUUGAAUUAAAAGACACGUUGGGAGAUUUGGCUGAUAAUAAUAUUAAAUUUUACAAGGAUCUUAUCGCAAAAUGGAGUACAAUUGAAAAAGAAUUGAAGGAUCAUUAA